AUGCCAAAGAAGUACCAACCGAGCUACAACAAGUCCGCCAGCAACUACGUGCACCCGUCCCUGUCCUCGUCCCGGGAACCGCCCGGCAACAAUGCAGGUCCAUCGUCAUCGCAGUCCGUCAACGACCGUCUGAACCAGCUGCGCCGCGAGCAAGCUCCGCGCUCCGCCAUCGACCGCCGAAAUGAGCUCACCGAGUCUCUCACCGCGCGACCAGUCCACCCGGCGGUGAGGCAGAUCCUCAACCUGCCCGAAGUCGCCGUCCCCAGGCCUCGGCUUGUUGCCAGAACGACGAACGGCAGACGCGUGCCGGGCCCUUCGGCGCCGCAGAGUUGGCUGGAAAGCAGCAGGCAUGCCCCGGACCCCACCCCCCAGGCCCCCAGGCUAUGGAAGCUUAUGAGGCCGCGCUUCACGGAACGAAUGCCGGCUCAACGCAGCUUGGUCCACUACACCUGCAAAACACUGGCAAAGAACUGGGAAUGGUUGUUGGAAUACGAACAGCAUUAUCUGGCAGCACUACCUGUGCAGCUCAAGGAUAUUCUUCUCAGCUACCUAGCGGCAUAUGGCCCGGAAGAGGGCAUCACCAUGGAGACUCUACGGGUCCUGUUCUUGACUGAGCAUGACCUUGAGGAUGCGACGGGCAGCGAUGAGCUGGUGCACCUCGAUCUGACCGGCAUGAUCUCCAAACAUUUCACCCUUGGAGAAAUCACAAAAUACAUGACGCAGAUCACGGGUUCCAAGAAGGAUGCCCUUUCUGAAGCGAUGAAUAAUCUUUCAGUGGCUGAGGAAGUUGCAGAUUCUUGGGAAGAAGCAGAGCAAGCCGAAAUCCCUAUCCUGCCAAAGUCGUCUCUCAAUCCUCGGUUCCCUAAUCUGACUCACUUGUCACUUGCAUACCCGCGGAAAACAUCGUGGAGUCAACUCUUAACCCUGUCCUCCCACCUGCCAACUCUGACACAUCUCUCUUUGGCCUUCUGGCCCAAGCCAACCAUGACUCCUCACGCAAAUACAGCAUCGAUGACCAGCCAGCAUGGCCAAGUCAACCUCGGUGGUACUCACUUUUACUCCGAAAUGGACAACGACUGGCAGGAAGCUGCGAACAUCCUGCGCAGAUUAGCCAACAACACGUACUGUCUCAAAUGGCUCGACCUUUGCGGCUGCGAGUGGGCGCCUGCGCUGGUAUGGGGCAUCGACGAUCGGCAGGUUUCGAUCCCUUAUGCACGUGGCUAUCGUGGAGGGCGUGAUGGAGACUGGGACAUCAAGGACGCCAGACCUUGCCCCGAUUGGAAUGGCAGCUGGCGCCAAGUCACGUAUCUCAACCUUUCCCAGGGCUGGAUACCGCAUAGCGUCAAUGCCAUUCGCGCGUUGCCUGCUGGUAUGUUGAGCUGUGAACUGCUCAGCUUUCUCAGGAGCGAGAAGGGACGGAAGAUGAUAGAAAAGGUUCCGGCGGGCGAGGCGCAGACGGCUCACCAAAUAAAACGAUGGAUCGAAAAGGAGGGUGAGAACAGAAACAUUGCUCAUGCUAUCAACAAUCUUAGAAGAUCGUCGAAGGGGCCGUAUUGUGAGGUUGAUUACGGCUGGUCGAGCGAUAUCCUCUCGGGGUCGAGCAAUUACGAUGAGGUAUUCGAAGUAUAG